AUGACUUCAAACUAUGAACGUGUAGUAGCCGGUGGAAAAGGUAGCAGAGCUAUUGUAAUUUUAUUCUCACCAAAUGUGCAAGAAUACAUAAGCUUAUUACUUGAAAUAAGAAACAAUAGGGAUAUUGUACCAAAGAGCAAUGGAUAUUUGUUUGCUUACCCCGGAGUAGUAAAUCAUUGGGUUAGAGGGGAUGUUGUUUUAAAAAACUUCGCAAAAUCCUCUAAAAUAGAAAAUCCAGAAGCAAUGACGUCAAACCGAUUGCGAAAACAAAUUGCAACUCUAAUGCAACUCAUAAAUUUGGAUAAAAGCGACUACUCUCAAUUUUCGAAAUUUAUGGGACAUACUGAAAAAACGCAUCAAGAAUUUUAUGAAAUAACUCAAGAUGCCUAUCAAACAGCUAAAAUUGCAAAGUUGUUAAAUUUAUUUGACCAAGGAAAAGGGACUGAAUAUAGAAACAAGGAACUGGCAGAAAUUGAUAUUGACCCAAACAACGUAUUAGUAGAAUAUGAUGAGGAAUCUGAAAAUAAGGAAAACCCUUUAGUAUCAAGUACACAAAUUUUAAAUUCAAAUAUUAAUGAUGAUAAUAGCACAGUUAAAAGACAAAAAAUUAAAAGUAAUAGAACUAGGUGGACGGCUCAGCAAAAGAAACUGGUCACUUUACAUUUUAAAGGACAUAUAAAAAACAAAAAAGCUCCAAAGAAGGAAGAGUGUAAAACGUUUAUUAAUGAGCACAAAGACGUACUAGGCAAUCUAGAUUGGGUCCGUGUUAAGACCUUCGUGUAUAACGUGUACACGCAGGGAAAAUAG